AUGGAUCAGCAACGCUCUUCUCCUCUAUCUCCAUCAGUGACAGUGGCUCGAACAUCUUCUUUAAACCACAUAUUUUCAAGUACAAAACGAAGAGCAAGAUCAAGAACAAUCACGGAAACCAAUAUAAGUGCAGUAAAUGCAACACCUUCAAACAGUGCCACUGCGACAAUUACACCCAAGAAGCCCUUGUCAAGACAGAGAUCGAUUUCUGAGCUUGUCAACAGAGUCAAGUUAUCGCUCAGAUCAAACAGCACUGGCAGUAAUACGUCUUCACCAAUGUCAAGAAAACACCAUCAGCAGCAACAUCCGAUGAUUGCUUCCUACUCUUCAAAAGCAGACGACUAUGAUAUUUUGAGAAGCAUUGGCGCUGGAGCAACUGCGUCUGUGUAUUCUGCCAUCUACAAACCAAAUCAGUCUGUCAUAGCCAUUAAAACUGUCAAUUUAGAAGAGAUUGGCCUCGAUGACUCAAGGUUAGAUGCCUUGCGCAAGGAAAUCCAAAUCAUGACACUAUGUAGACACCCACAUUUGCUUGAAGUCUAUCAAAGCUUUGUCCAUUCUUCACAAUUAUACAUUGUCACCCCGAUCAUGUCAGCCGGUUCCUGUCAUGAUUUGCUGUCCAGAUGUCAUAAACUUGGCUUCGAAGAAAGCAUAGUCGCAUGUAUCAUCAAGCAAGUAUCUCAAGGCUUGGAAUAUCUUCAUGACAAUGAGCUAGUGCACCGUGAUAUCAAGUCUGCAAACAUGCUACUGGAUUUUGACACUGGUAUCGUUAAAUUGGCUGAUUUUGGUGUAAGCAAUCAUUUGCUGACCAACCUGGCUGAUGUGCCUAAAAACACAAAUUACUUUCGCAAGAAUGCUGCUGUGCCAGAUGCUGAAUCAACGAUGGAGUCCAUGACUGAAUCUUUCAUUUCGUUAAUGGCAGCUGACAACUUUCCCCACCACAAAAUGUCCACGUUACUGCAGCCUCCCACUGUUCCCAAAAAGGCCCGUAGAUCCUUUGUUGGCACACCGUGCUGGAUGGCCCCUGAAAUUUUGUUGAAUCAAGAUUACGAUACUAAAGUUGAUCUUUGGUCCCUCGGUAUAACUUCAAUUGAACUGGCAUGUGGCAAGCCUCCCUUUGCAGAGUAUGAUCCAAUGACUAUCUUCUCGAUGAUCAUUGAUGAUCCUGCUCCUACGUUGUAUACGAAUCAUGUCCGUUACGUCCCUUCAAACUCAAUCCAGGACUUCAUUGAAAGGUGUCUAGACAAGAAUCCAGCCACUCGCUUAUCUGUUACUGACGCUCUAAACCAUCCAUUCCUGAAGAAAGCUACUGGUCCUCAUCUUUUGCAAAAGUACCUUGCGCGUCGUCCCGAACUCAACAAGAGAGCGUAUCUUAUGAGCCGAUCUGCCACCAAAAAGUACCCUCGGUCAACUGAUGAAGACGAAGAGUACGAUAAUGACUCUUGGGAUGAGCUUGAUUUCAUUGAAACUACUUGGAACUUUAAUGAAGAGGAUAUUCCUGAUGAGAGCAGCAGCAAUCGUGCUGCAACGGAUACUACAACCACAAUCAAACCGCCGCCAGUGCAUACAAAAUAUCUGAACAGAAGACGUAGAAGCAGUUCGAACUAUGCAUCUCCCAUCACUCCGAAUGAUCAAGAUCAACCGAUUGAUGAGUUUCUCAAUACAAAGGUCCCGAUCGACUAUUACCUCAAAAAGAAAAGAAAUCCAGAGCACACUGAACAGGAAUUUUUGAUAACAAAAGAGUAUUAUUAUUAA